AUGCCUCCACGAGGACGAGGAGGAAAAUUCUCAAAGCCCACCCGAGGAGGAGGCAAACACUUCUCCCGUGACCUACAACCUUUGGACAAGGAGGGGAAUCAGAUGGGCAUGUGGCGAGACCCGGCAGAAGGAGAAGAAGACGAGUCUUCAGAAGAGGAGGAGUCAGAAGGAGAAUCUUCAGAUGACUCUGGCGAGGGAGCCUCCUCAGCGCAGGCCCCGUCAAAUGAGCUGACUCGAGAACAACGCAAGGAGCUAGCUCGCAAGAAGAAGCAAGAGGCUAUCGCGAAGAAGAACCAGAAGACCGCGGCAGUGGGAGACUUGCCUAGUACUUCGGAGGAGGAGGACGAGGAGGAGGAAGACGAUGACGAUGAUAUGCCCGCCAAUCCCAACCACACACAAAAGGCAAGGUCGCAAGCGCGGGCGGUCACGGGUGCCAGUGGUGAGGCACCGAAAAAAACAGAAAAGGAAAACCUCAGCAGGCGAGAACGAGAAGCCAUUGCUGCUCAGCAAGCUAGAGAGCGAUACCAGAAGCUCCACGCAGAGGGCAAGACGGACGAAGCAAGAGCCGACCUGGCGCGGCUGAAGUUGAUCCGCGAACAACGCGAGGCCGCUGCCGCACGCAAACAGGCCGAGAAGGAAGAGAAAGAUGCCCGUGACAAGGAGAAGAACGAGCGUGAGGCCAAGUUGAGAGAGGCGGCGCUGGGCACUGCUGGCGGAACCAAGGCGGCCAAAAAGGGGAAGAAAUGA